AUGCAGGAUGAACUGGCUGGCAGCAGGGCCAAGGUCUGCAAGGUCGGGGAGCUGUUUGAAGCCGAACUGUUGCUGGUGCAGAGCGGAGCAGCAUUCCCUCCAGUUAGGGGUGUUGGCUGUGACUUACAAAGCCCUGUCUGGUUUGAGAUCUGGCUGGCUGAGAGAUGGGAAGGGCUGGUGCCAGGGGACUCUUCGAGUGCGGGUGGGGUUGGUGCCGUGGCGAUGGAGCAGAGCGAGCUGCGGCGCCGCCCCUGGGCAUCCCAGGCGGACAGUGAGGUUCUGAGCGAGGCUGAGCUAGAGGAGAUCGCACCGAGAACUCGGGCUCCGCGGCCCUCUCUCUGCAGCAAGGUCCGGGGUGUAAGGUGCUCAUGUGCUGCUGCCAAGUCCCUUCUGUUCCGGUUCCUGCCGGUCCUGAGCUGGCUGCCCCGGUACCCAGUCAAGGACUGGCUCCUCGGUGAUAUUGUCUCGGGGUUCAGUGUGGGCAUCAUGCACCUCCCCCAGGGUUUAGCUUAUGCGCUUCUGGCAGGGGUGCCUCCCGUCACUGGCCUCUAUUCAUCCUUCUAUCCUGUCUUCCUGUACUUCCUGUUUGGAACAUCUAGGCACAUCUCAGUGGGCCCCUUCGCCGUCAUCUCCGUCAUGAUCGGCAGCGUGACAGGCUCGCUGAUGCCCGACAGCAACUUCAUGGAUCCGGUCAAUGGCACGAAUGAGACAGUCCUCAACGAGGCAAGGAGAGACAGCGCCAGGGUGGAACUGGUGGCUACACUCACUAUCCUGGUGGGCGUCUUCCAGAUGGCCCUGGGGAUGCUGCAGUUCGGAUUUGUGGUCACCUACCUAUCCGAGCCCUUGGUGCGGGGCUACACCACAGCCGCUGCCGUCCAGGUGCUGGUCUCCCAGCUGAAGUACGUCUUUGGGGUGGAGGUGGCUGAGCAGUCAGGGCCAUUAUCCAUGUUUGCUGCCUUCAUUGAGAUCUGCACCAAGCUGCCACAGACCAACGUGGGCACCCUGGUCACUAGCCUGAUCGCCAUGGCCGCCAUCCUCGCUGUCAAGCUGCUCAGUGCCAAGUUUGCCUCCAAGCUCCCCAUGCCCAUCCCCAUAGAACUCAUCACGAUCAUCAUCUCCACGGGGAUCUCCUAUGGAGCUGGCCUGAAGGCCAAGUUUGGGAUUUCUGUUGUGGGCGACAUCCCCAGUGGGAUGAAACCACCAGUGGCUCCCAACGUCAGUUACUUUGGGCAGGUGGUGGGCAAUGCCUUUGCCAUCGCCGUGGUGGGCUAUGCCAUCUGUAUCUCCUUGGGCAAGAUCUUUGCCCUGAAGCACGGCUACAAGGUGAACAGUAACCAGGAGCUGAUAGCCUUGGGGAUUUGUAAUUUCGUGGGUGGCUUUUUCCAGUGCUUCAGCAUCAGCUGCUCCAUGUCCCGGACCCUGGUGCAGGAGACCACCGGAGGGAACAGUCAGGUGGCCGGGGUUAUCGCCUCACUUGUCAUCUUAGUGACCAUUUUGAAAAUUGGGCAGCUCUUCCAAGACCUGCCCAAAGCCAUCUUAGCUGCCAUCAUCAUUGUGAACCUGAAGGGCAUGUUCAAGCAGUUCACAGACAUUCGCACACUGUGGCGGUCCAAUCGCAUAGAUCUGCUCAUCUGGCUCGUGACCUUCGUGGCCACCCUUCUGCUGAACCUAGACAUGGGGCUGGGGGUCUCUGUGGCGUUUGCCCUGCUCACAGUCAUCUUCCGGACCCAGAUGCCCCGCUACUCCAUCUUGGGGCAGGUUUCCAACACGGACAUCUACAGAGACGUGGUGGAAUAUAACAAGACUGAGGAAAUUCCAGGCGUGAAGAUUUUCCGCUCUUCUGCCACAGUCUAUUUUGCCAACGCUGAGCUGUAUGCAGAGGCCCUGAAGGAGAAGAGUGGCAUUAAUGUCGAUUACCUCAUUGGGAGGAAGAAGAAAGCCCUCAAGAAACAGAAGAAACAGCAGGAGAAGGACAAGAAGGAAGAGGCAAAGAAGAAAAAGAAAACUAACUCCAAACUCUCAGAGGCAUCUGACCCCAGCAGCGAUGACCUUGGCUUUGUAGAUAUUGACAUGGAGACCAAUACGCAGGAGCUGGGGAGUGACUGCAAUGGAUCUGGCCCUGCAGUGGUUGACUCCAAUGGAAGCACGAUCGAGUUGGAGCCCCAAGCCAGCAGCACCCCAAAAGCCUUCAAUGAACCCACCCUGGAGUCCUUAGGUCUCAAAAAGCCCGACCUCCACUCCCUCAUACUGGACUUCACCCCCGUCAACUUUGUGGAUACUGUCUGCAUAAAGAUCCUAAAGAACAUAUUCAGAGAUUUCCAGGAGAUAGAAGUGGAUGUGUUUCUUGUUGGCUGCCAUGCUUCUGUCAUUGACCAGCUGGAAAAAGGCAACUUCUUCAGCCAAACCAUCACCAAGCACCACCUCUUCGCGUCAGUGCAUGAUGCCAUCACCUAUGUCACCAGGGAGCAGGGACAGAGCAUGCCACAGCCGGUCACAUCUUAUUCCAGCACUAAACUGUAGCCACCAGAAACAGCAUCUACUGUCCCCAGGAGCUGAACAGGUGAGAGGGAGC